GGGUCCUCGCCGCGCAGCGUGGGAGUUAGUUCUGGUGAGGGCGCCAGGCAGCUCACUCACCGAAGUAACCCACCGUCCCAACCCUUCGAUCCUCCACAUCCCUCGACCUUCGACCAACAAAGCAACCAUCCACGGCCGCAACCUCCUCACCAUUCGAUUCCGUCGUCGCUUCCCGUCGGUCGAGAGCAUCUACUUCCGCGCCGUGAAGAAAAGGGAGCGACUCGGCCACUCGUCGCACGGCACCCUCGCGAGGAUCUCCUCCAGUGCAAGCGCGUCAACGACGGCGUUCGCGAGGGGGUGUGCAGCUACGAGAAGCGGUGCUGUCGCGCGACGUGCCGAGGUUGGGUGAGCGGAAAAGAGUUACGCAUCGUGGUAGACGAAGUGAGAGAAUAAGAGAGGGAGAGAGACGGAGUAAGAGAGAGAGAUAGAGCCAAACAAGAGAAGAGAGAAAGAGAGAGGGAACGUUCUUGUCGCUCAAUGGAACACCGGCGCGGCCGGUCGAGAUCGUCGGCGACGUCAGCACGAGAAGUCGGGCAACCGCGGGAAACAGCCUUUAACCUUUGAAAUACGCCGCGCGAUUAUAGUCGUAGACCAGACAUCAUCGUAAAAGACCGGUGUUAGAAAAGCCUACAGAAAGAAAAGGAGAGAGAGAGAGAGAGAGAAAGAGUGAGUGGGAGGAGAGGAGGUGAAACGGGAGUGACAAGAGAGAAGGGGGCUCUGGUAUAACUGCGCUAGAACGAAUCAUUAGAACAACUUGAAAGAUUUGUCCCGGUGACUUCGCAGUGAUAUCGCGGUGAUUCCGAUCGUGUACCCUCGGUAUAUACAACGUCAGACAUCACACGUACGCACGCACGCAACUUUAGCGCGAGCGAGCAAACAAGACAAGUGAGAAAAAGAGAGAGAGAGAGAGAGAGAGAGAGAGAGAGAGUACGCGCGCGCGCGCGCACGACAUCUCACGCCCAUAUAUGAACGGCCAUACGGAAGCGGAGCGUGGCGACUGACGAAGAUGUCAGUGAAUGAAUCGCACCCUGUCGUGUGUAACCGGACGACGACGUACGUGGUAUGAUCGCACGGGGUGCUGUCAGGGUGCUACUGCUGUCGAGGCAACCAUAGGUCUCUCUCCGUGGCGCGCAACGAUCGAGCGGGAGACGAAGAGAUAGCGUGAUGCACGACGAACGCCGCCGUAACGGUAGCUUCAGCCAGAAACCUAGGUGUCCGCUGAGGAGGGCGGAGCAGUAAACAGGAGAGAAAAGCGCGAUCGCGUGCAAGAAGGACCGGACGCAUCAUCCCUUUCAUCCGAGGACGAAAGAGAAGACCGCCUCGAGACGAGGAGACAUCCUAUAUCGUGUAACGCGGUACCGCACGAGGAAAGAUAAACGGAGACUGGGCGAGGAAACAGAUAUAAAGAAAGAAGAGACGACAGGAAAAGUGAAGUAAGAUAAAGAAAGAGAGAAAGGAAAUAGGAAUAGUGAAAAGAGAAGAGAACAAAAGAGAGAAGCAAAGAUAAAUAAAGGAGGACGAGAAAAGGAAAAGGGAGAGAUAUUAGGUUCGGGAGAAGCGGCAUCACGGAACGGCGCGACGCGACGCGGAGGGUCGAGGGAAGAAAAAGAGGCCGAGGCGGGAGAUCGGGGGAGAUCCGAAAGCUCGCAAGAAAAACGCAGGCACGGCAGGCGCGCGGAGGCGAGAUAUCAAGAAGCAAGUAUUAUCCACGUAAUGCCCCGCGUUUAACACUGCACCUCCUAUCGAUGAACCGUAAUCUCUGUCUAUAACUUUCCGGGCGUCUCUCGCGCCCGGGCAUCCUCUCACUAUAUAUAUAUAUAUAUAAUAUAUAUAACUCGGUGUACCUUUUUUUUCUGCCUUUGUUCUACACACCCUGUGUACCUCUGUCGCAAUACACGCUCGUGUACCGCCUACUCCCGCGUCUCGCACCGACAAACGCGCACCGCUCUCUGCCACGGCAAGCCUUUGCUUUUUGAACGUUUUUCGGGGCACCUGUUGAUAUGAUCGACCUACAUACCACACUGCUAUCCACAUUAUGUCACCCUGUCAUCGCCGUACGGCUAGAUCAUCGGAUUCGUCACUCCGGCCCGGUACUCGCGGAUCGUCGCGUCCCGCGUGUCGGUCCAGCUCGUGCGAGUUACACGCGGCCGAAUCGUUUUCCUCGCGCGACGGCGCAGCUUUUAGAACGACCUGAAGGAAUCCCCGAUACUUGACUAUCGGUUUCGUAAAGUUACCUCGGUUCCUCAUCUCCUAAUGCAAUCGCGACUCUCGUUUUGCUUUGCUCGAUAAUUUGCGACGCAAAAUUGCAUGAUGAAUUGCUCAAACAUAAGUACAUAAGAAUGAUUUGAAGUAAGGAUUGCGUUUUCUCUCAUCGAAUUUAGCACAAAGUAUAACGUCGUAUUAAAAUCCUCGUCGUGAGUUUGAAAUAAAAUUCAGAAUCACUUGGGAAAUUGUUUGAAAAGAUCGAUUCAUAGAUUUUUAUAGGUAAACGCGGAAUUCCCGGGCAAACCCUUGAGUGAUUAGUAGGUCCGAGUGGGUAUCGAUAUUCGAGUCCAUCACCGAGCUAGGAAUUAACUCGAACGAAACUUGGGGUCAAGUACGUGAAUCGGAUCCUAGCGUUCGACCUGGCGUACAAGUAAUUUAGGGUUUACAGGAAGAACGUAUAAGAGAGCCGGAGGGAAUCGCGCCGGUAGAACUAACCUCCUGCAAACUUCGCGUUGCGAUGGGCACGAACAGAUUCGCUCCGUAAUGGCAUACCCCGCGAAAAUGUGACUUUAUGACGUCACGUACGCGCGGCUUAUCUCGGGCUCUCGAAACUUGGGUAGGCGCGGUUAUUUACAAGCGGACGCAUAUCGGAUGAUUAUUAGCGCGUAAUCGCGAUUGCCGCUGGGGCGUCAUAGCUUGAUUUCCGCUUUGUGAAAACAAACGAUAUCCGGGACGUUCGAUACGUGAAAAGGAAGGGUGGCUAGGGACGCAUACGACAGAGAGGAAGCGGAAAAGAGAGGGUGGGCCGAGUGAAAGAGCAGAGAGAGAUAGAGAGGAAAAAGGAAAGAGAGAGCUAGAGAGAGAGAGAGGCAAGGAAGAAAAGGUAAGCGGAUGUGAGGAAACAACGCCGAGGGAAAGGGUUGUCUCUCGGAGAGAUGGUAGCUUUAUUGGCGAAGCGCGAAACAAUCGCGGGCGUUUAACAUGAGUGGCACCAUCGAUUGGUUUAAAUGUUGUCCACACUCGAGCACCUUAUACGCAUCUAUGAGCACGCACGAUGAGCACCUCCGAUAACCACCUCCACACGUCGCAGCACUUCUGUUGAAUAUAUAUCCUGAGAAAAAAAAAACAAAUCAAAAGUAAUAGAUAAGUAAAAGAAAAAAUAUCACCACAAAUCUUUUUGUGUUCCUGGCACUCACGAUUAUAGGGAUUCUCGCACGUUAUUCUCUAUUAACGACCUGAUUUCAGGACGGUCGGUACAGGACGUGUGCGCUUUAUCACGAAGGGAAAGCCAAGGUCGUGGCUACUAUCAUGGACUACCGAAAGUGAAGCGUAUCGAUUAGAAGAGCGAGCAUAACGCAAUCAAAUGUCAAACGUGAUACACCGUGCGCUCGAGUCAGCGACUUAUCCCCGAUAGAAACAGAGAGAGAUAGAAAGAGGGAUAAACAGAGAAAGAGAGAGAGAGAGAGAGGCCCGUACACUUCUCGGAUUCCCCGUGGUCCCCAAUUGGAGCAUGCUAGGCAGAUCGCAGUCGCUGCAAUUGCACGCGUAACCCCGUUGCGUUUUCUAUGCAAUAAUUGUCGUUGUGUCGUAACAUAUCGCCGCUCGUGAUUUUUUAUCAAGUUUAGCCUUCCCUUUCUCGAUAUCAAUCGACCCCCGUAUCUCCCGCCCACCCUCUACACACACAGACACACACACAACACACAUAUACACACACUCGCGCGCGCGCGCGCAUAUACACACAUACGUACACCUACAUCUACACCUACUACAUGUACGCAUAUACAUAUAUAUACGCACAUGUUCCAUCCUCAACUUCCUAGUGUACCUACCGCGAGUUCAAACGAAAAGUCGGCCUAACUCAGAGUUGCUACAGACGUGCCUUUAGACUGGCAGUGAAUAGUAAGCAGCUAAAGAGAACGAACAAGAAAACACAAAAGAGAAAAGAGCAUUAUUGCUGUUCAUUUAGGUCAAUUAUAACACCACGCCCAGCCGUAUAAUCGGGUGCGUCAAAAGUGGUGGUAGAGAAGGAAGAAUAAGAAAGAGAUAUAUACGCAUAGAUAUAUAUAUAGACAGAUAGAAAAAGCUAGAAGGGGUAAAAGGAAAAAAGAAAAAAGAGAAGGGGAAGAGAAAGAGAGAGAGAGAAAAGAAAAAAAAUAGACGAAAACGAAACGUUAAUGAUUUGUAAAAUGGCGGUUUGCAUGUUCUGGCUUCUCACCUACGUGGGACAGGGGCUGGAUUUGGCGGUGGGGAAUCGACCCGUGAUCAUACAAGUACAAGGCACACAGGGACUCGACUAUCGUCACGGAAGCGGUAGCAUUAGAAAGAAGAGCGAGCUGAGCUCGGUAGGUGGCAACCUGUUGCAUUUCAGGAUAUAUCCUUCCGAUGGUCCCCACCGGGACGACCUGUCGAACUGGUUGGUCUUCAACGACGAGCCACGGAUAUCCUCGUGGUCGCCCGCGGGUAUGCUGAUCGACGACAUCGUCAAGGAGCCGCGGGAGCUCCAGAACGUGUUCUUCGCCCUGUCGCCCGCCGUGCUGAACGUUCUCUAUUCCGAGUACGUGACGUCGCAGCCGCACACCGCGACGCAGCCCCACGUCGCGGCGGAGUCCUACGUCCACGACGACGGGAAUCAUCUGCUCGGCGGCCGGCAACAAGCCCAUCAGCGUCCGAAGAAACGGCGCAUCGGAUGCCGGCACCCGCUGAGGGGCCCGCUCAGUCUGCCGAUACUGGUGUGCGACGAGGCUGGCAAGAAGGCUACCACCCUUCAGGAAUCUAGACAAUCGAAUCAAGACGAUCUCUACGCGGAGCAGAGAUUUAACACUGCGACGAGUACGAAGACUGAUCUCGCGCGCGCCGAGGGCGGCGGCACCCCGCUUAACUUACCUACGAAUGGCGGCUUCGUACCGAAGGCCUUCGCCUACGAGACUAGCGGUAACAAACUACCCAGCAAGCGGAAUAGCCAGAUAACGAUUGGACGGCGUUCGAUCGACGCGCAAGGGGAAUCCCCGGGACACCAGGCUCAAGCCUCCUCGGCGUCCUCGGCGUCGUCCGCCGGCGCGAGCAUCGCCUCGCAGCUCAUGCUGAGAUCAAUUCGGGGAAGUAUACAGUACGACGUGCCGCAGAUCGAAUGUCCAGUCUCCGAAGACGGAAUGGAAAGAUUCGCUUGUCCGACCGCAGAUAGAAUGGGUAGAUAUCAUUGCAUCGACGAUCAUGUCCUGUGCGACGGCUUCAUAGACUGUCCUACAGGCGAGGACGAGGACAGGCAAGCCUGUAUGUUUUAUAAAACUACGAAAGCGCAUCUGGACGUAUUAGCGGAUGCCAUACUACGAUGGGCGAGAGGACGCUAAUUUCUUCUUUGUUGACGAUGAAUCUCCAAGCUGUACAUAAAACCACAAGUCUGAUACGUCUACUUCUUUAUAUAUUCAUCGAUAUCUUUUUCUCCUACAUUAAUCUAUUUUCCGGAAACUGUUUUCUCUCUAUGUUUGGCGCAUAGAGACGUUCAUAUUGAAAUCAAACUCAGGGGAACGUUAAGAUGAACCGUCUCUCUCUCUCUCUCUCUUUCUAUCUCUCGUUCUGUCCUCUUUCUCUCUUUCCCCUCCCCCCCUUUCUCUCACUCUGUCUCCUUUUUCCCUUUCUCUCUCUUUCUUUCUCUCCUUCUCUUUCCGAGAAGAGAAUAUGACCGCUCGACUUAAUCUCCGAGAGGACACGGCAUGGUUCUAACUACACUAAAAAUCGGUUAGCAAGGUCUAUCGUAACCAAGAUAUCCUCACAUAAAGUACAAAUUAAGGUGUCCGAACUUUUAGGAUGUUAUAAAUAAAGUUCGUAAGAGAGUUAUGGCAUUUUAACGCCGCUGUGUAUGGCGCACGAGAGAGAGUACCCGACUCGGAUAAUUUCAGUUCUAUAAGCAUCUACCAGCUAUAUACUAACACACAGAUAAUGUAUUACGAUUUCAUAUUGAGCGAUUUCCGCGAGAUCGUAACUAACUCUUUAACGACUUUAUUUUGGUACAAUAAAGUAAUUUUGAAGACUGAGAA